GCCCAAAAAACUAGGAAAGUUGAUUCACCUCAGACUCCUGGAUUUUGGAACUGGUCAUCGGAUGGAAAAACUUCCCUCCUCAAUAGGCAACUUGAGUUGCUUGUUGACCUUAAGGAUAGAUUUUACCGAAGUAGUUACCCUACCGAAUGUUUUUUGGAAGUUGAAAAGAUUGAGGCACCUAUAUCUUCCUCGUCGGAUCGAAAAGACAACAAAAAGGCUACAGUUUGCGGAUCUUACCGAGCUAAGAAUGCUGGUAAAUUUUCCAGCAUAUUGUGCUGACAUAAAGGACCUGACCACACUGACCAAUCUUAGGAGAUUGGAGAUUGUAGCAUAUGAUAAUGACUCGCUCCACAGUCUCCGGAUGAUGUUCAUGUCCCCGAUCAUCGCAUUCGGCAACCUCCGUGAUCUUUCCUUUUCAACUUUUGUCGGAUCCUUGGAUCCUCAUAUUGUUCGCAACAUGAGGGACGACAUUAUAUCAUCUUGUCCUCGUCUUCUGCUGCUGAAAAGUUAUAAGAAUGUAGUUUACCAGAAGACGGCUGACAUCUUCAGCCAAGAGGAAGACCAGCUACCAUGAGAAGCCCGACUCAGAGGCAGUUUCUAAUAAAGUUUGUGUCAAUGUCAGUGUGUAAUAUAUAUAUAUA